GAGUUAACACGACGGAUUGCCGAGGAUUCGUUCUAGCGUCAUCAUCAGGUGUGGAAGUCAUGAGGAUUCUUAUAUUCGCCGCUUUAGUUACGUUGGUGUACGCCUCCUACGAAGAGGACCAUGGCAGUUCCACCUAUCACGAAACCUCAAAGCCUGUGGAAAUUCCCAUUUACAAAAAGUACGCCAUACCAAUUCCACAUCCAGUUCCAGUCCCAAUUCCACAGCAAAUUAAAGUUCCCAUUCCGCAACCGUAUCAAGUCGAAGUGGCAAUACCGCAUCCAGUGCCUGUGGAAGUCGUCAAGCAUGUCGAAAUUCCAGUAGAAAAGCCUGAGCCCUAUGUAGUGGAGAAAAAGGUGCCGUAUAUUGUUGAGAAGCCGUAUCCAGUAACAGUUGAAAAGCACUUUCCAGUGCCUAUUCCGAAACCAUACCCAGUGCACGUACCUGUCUACAAGCAUGUAUUCCACCAUCAAAGCAAAGGACACGGUUGGAAGCACUGAUCUUGGGAACUACUCUUCCAAAUUUCAGACAAUUAGCCAAAUAUACAUAUAUAUAGCAGACAUUAUGACUUUUGUACAUAGUUCACUGUUUUUAUAAUUAAACUAUUGUUAUAUUGUUUAAA